AAACAAGCCCGCCUCAGCUCCCUGACUGGGGUGUGGGCAAGGGGCAGGGGGGCUGGGAUGGGGAGAAAACGGGUCCUCUGAACGCACAUUUCACUCUACCUCCACUCGUGGGUUCCCAGGCGAAGCCUGCCACUGACCUGCUGCAUCCCCCUGGUGAGUCACUUGGCCCACGGGAACCUCCAGUUCUGUUCAUCAAAGCGAGAAGGUUGGCCUAGAACAUCUCCAGGGGCCCUCUGCACUCUCGGAAACCGGGUUCUUUUGAGAGGACUUGAGGGAGGAAAAGGCUGGAGUAGGAAGAGAAUCGGACCUCCUCACUUCCUCAGGGCUGGGACUGAGCCAGGUGAUAUCAUAAUGGGCAGUGCCCAUCCUGGAGGGGGCAGCAGGGUGGGGUAGGAGCAGGAAAGCUGUGAGGGGGAAGUUGAGAGUCCUCCAUAGGGAGGGAAUCACAGCAGCUAAAGGCGCCUGCUGGGCUGGCGGCGUGGGCUAUCUGGGAGGGGGAUCACUGAUGGUUUGCAGGGCCGCUGGGUAGGUAGAGCCCACCUGGGCAUUCCCUAGACUCCACUAUGUUCCUCUUCUCCCGAAAGACCAAGACCCCCAUCAGCACCUACACUGACUCCUACAGGGCUCCUACCUCCAUCAAGAAGGUCUACAACGACCCACCUCUGUGGGCCUGGGAACCCAACAAGUUUGUGACCCAGGGCCUGACUAGGACUUUUCAUCGCAAUGUGGAUCAGGAAGCCCUGGAGAAGAUGGUUAAAUGUGCUGUGCGGGACUACACCUAUAAGAGUUCCAUACCAGGCCACCCCUACUUGCCUGAGAAAUACUGGCUCUCUCGAGAGGAAGCAGACAGAUGCAACCCCAACUAUUUGUGUAGUGACUGGGGUAACUCAUGGAGAAUGGGGCCUUGCUGCUGCAGUGGCUGGAACAAGUGUACCACGUGCCUUCCCCGGCUGCCUAAGGAAGCCGGGAUGGAGACAGCAGUUCGAGGAAUGCCCUUGGAGUACCCUCCUAAGCCGGAGCGACUCAAUGCCUAUGAGCGCGAGGUGGUGGCGAACAUGCUGAACUCGCUGUCGCGGUACCAGACGCUGCCGCAGAUCACGCCCCGGUGCGGGUGCGUGGACCCGCUGCCGGGCCGCCUGCCUUUCCAGGGCUACGAGAGCCCUUGCUCGGGCCGCCACUACUGCCUGCGCGGGAUAGACUACUGCGUCUCCGGGGCGCCGUGCAUGGAGCGCCGCCUGCAGCCUCAGUGCCCCACGCAGCCCACUGUAAGGAGUGUGUUGCCCUGCGAGCACCGGCCCGGGAUGCACUGUGCUGUAAUAACUCCCCAGCGGCCGUACUACCCUUGUCCGAACCUUAGGUGGGACACAAGUCACUUUAAGAAGACCGGUGGCUACCAGAGAAACAGCUAUAUUAUCCACCCUGAGUUUUUGUCCGAGAAUUACCCUGGCAACCCCUACUGGUAGAGUGGGGGACCAGGCCAAGGGGGCUGAGCAAUAAAUAAACUUUUCACCCCA